AUGGUGAAUGCCAAGCUCAAAUGGAGUUUUAUCACUUUUGGCAAGCUCAAAGCUCAGUGUGCUGUGGUUUCAUCUCUUUCUGGACAAGGCAAGCUCAAAGCUCAGUGUGCUGUGGUUUCAUCUCUUUCUGGACAAGGCAAGCUCAAAGCACAGUGCGCUGUGGUUUCAUCUCUUUCUGGACAAGGCAAGCUCAAAGCUCAGUGUGCUGUGGUUUCAUCUCUUUCUGGACAAGGCAAGCUCAAAGCACAGUGCGCUGUGGUUUCAUCUCCUUCUGGACAAGGCAAGCUCAAAGCUCAGUGCGCUGUGGUUUCAUCUCUUUCUAGACAAGACACUGAUAGUGCUGAUGAAAUAAAGCACCUAUACGACGCAAAUGAAGACACUGAUAGUGAUGAUGAAAUAAAGCGCCCAUACGACGCAAAUGAAGAUACUGAUAGCGCUGAUGAAAUAAAGCACCUAUACGACGCAAAUGAAGACACUGAUAGCGCUGAUGAAAUAAAGCGCCCAUACGACGCAAAUGAAGAUACUGAUAGUGCUGAUGAAAUAAAGCGCCUAUACGACGCAAAUGAAGACACUGAUAGUGCUGAUGAAAUAAAGCGCCCAUACGACGCAAAUGAAGAUACUGAUAGUGCUGAUGAAAUAAAGCGCCCAUACGACGCAAAUGAAGACACUGAUAGUGCUGAUGAAAUAAAGCGCCCAUACGAUGCAAAUGAAGACACUGAUAGUGCUGAUGAAAUAAAGCGGCCAUACGACGCAAAUGAAGACACUGAUAGCGCUGAUGAAAUAAAGAAAAAAAGGUAA